AUGUUGGCUGAUGUCGGCAAUUUCAUAGGCAACAAAUUACAAGGCCUCUUUGAAACACACGUCACUGACGAACGUGUUGCUGAACUCAUAGAUGAAAUCUGCAGGGAACUGCUCCAUGCAAACGUGGGCGUAGCAAGAGUCGCAUCCCUUCGUAGUGCAAUUUCUUCCAAAAUAGACCUGAAUGCCAUCCACGGAAACACAAACAGGGCCAAAAUGGUUCAGAAGGUCGUUGUUGAUGAAAUAGCGAGAAUGCUGGGUGGAGAUAGCACCGUAGUUGAGUUCAACAAGAACGAGCAGCAUACGGUGGUAUUUGUUGGAUUGCAGGGUGCUGGUAAAACAACCUCAGUUUGCAAGUACGCCUAUUACUAUAAAAGAAGAGGAAUGAGAGUAGGCGUAGUCUGCGCUGACACAUUCAGGGCUGGUGCAUUUGACCAGGCUAAACAGAAUUGCGAUAGAAUUGGAGUAGAGGCAUUCANCCUGAAUGCCAUCCACGGAAACACAAACAGGGCCAAAAUGGUUCAGAAGGUCGUUGUUGAUGAAAUAGCGAGAAUGCUGGGUGGAGAUAGCACCGUAGUUGAGUUCAACAAGAACGAGCAGCAUACGGUGGUAUUUGUUGGAUUGCAGGGUGCUGGUAAAACAACCUCAGUUUGCAAGUACGCCUAUUACUAUAAAAGAAGAGGAAUGAGAGUAGGCGUAGUCUGCGCUGACACAUUCAGGGCUGGUGCAUUUGACCAGGCUAAACAGAAUUGCGAUAGAAUUGGAGUAGAGGCAUUCACGCUACCAGGGGAGACUGAUCCAGUGAGGGUCUCUCGUGCUGGAGUAGCCCACUUCAGAAAGGGAGACUGCGAGCUGAUUCUGAUUGACACGUCUGGCCGCCACCACCAAGAAGAGGGUCUCUUUCAGGAGAUGAGGGAGAUCUGUGACGCAGUCGACUACAGUCGCAUUUAUUUGGUGAUGGAUGCUGGAAUGGGGCAGUCAGCUGAGUCACAGGCAGCUGCCUUUGGAAAGGCUGUUCCACUUGGAGGAAUCAUUUUGACGAAAGUUGAUGGGGCAGCCAAGGCAGGCGGAGCACUGGCUGGGGUGGCAGCCACAGGGUGUCCAAUUGAGUACAUUGGAACUGGAGAAGCAAUGGGAUCACUGGAGCAGUUUGACAGCCGCAGAUUCAUAGCACGUCUUCUGAACUGCCAGAAUCUGGAACAGGUGCUAAAAAAUAUGGCUGACCUGGAUUUGAACCCAGACGAGAUCACCUCCAAGUUCAAGGAGGGCACAUUCACCCUGGGGGACUUCAAGCACUUUUACAGUCAGAUCAGCAGUUUGGGGCCGAUGACGAAUCUGCUUCAGAUGGUGCCAGGAGUUGGGAAGGUGGACAUUCCGGACGAGAGGAAGAUGAGGAGAGUGAACUACAUCUUUGAUAGCAUGCACGAGAGUGAGCUGAUGAGUGUGGGAGAGUGUUUUGGGCCAAGUAGAAUCAGACGAGUUGCAUUGGGAAGUGGUACGACACGGGAGCAGGUGAAUGAGCUGCUGGCUAAUUUCAAGAAGAUGAGUCAGGUGGCAAAGAAGUUGAUGAAUACGCCUGGAUUCAGUGAGAUGUUCAGGUAG